AUGGCCGAAUUGACCACAACCAAUAAGUCGAAAACCAAUGAUGUCGCAACCAACGCGGACAAAACACCUGCUGACAUAUGGCUCCCUCCACAGCUUCGCCGAACUAUCAACGACCUGAAAUCCGCCAUCGACUCGGUCAUCAGCGUCCAAUCAAUCUCUCGAUUCCUGGACUUUUUCUCUGACCUCAACGAGCAAACGCCAGAUGUCCAAUCCGCCUUGCAAGGUGUGGCUCGAUACGCGCGACGCCAGGAGGACCGAGCUGCGCGGAAAAUAAAAAAGGCCCAAGAAGCAGUUGGGGAUUUGUCGGAUAAGGACAGAUACGACUUACAGCGAUUCUAUGCAGAGGAUCUAGUCAUCUAUCUCGGCAUAAACAUUCCUUUCAAUCUGGAAACCGGCCUUUCCGAAGACUUCCGUCAUGCGCAAAUCACAAUCUUUGACUUCGAGCACUGGCAUCGUGCGCUUGUCCGCGUGCGUGGGAUACAGGCGCAUAUUACCGAUGUGUUCUCCGGACUGCAUUGCAUCCAAGAGUUGAGGUGCAUGAAUGCGGCUGAAGAGGCAGAGCUGUUGCUACAGCGGGCUAAUGCCGAGGGAAAGCUAAAUCCGCAGUUUUGGGAACUGGACCAGGAGGAACAGGUUCUAGCUGUUGGUUGA